AUGUUAGACUCCAUGGGUGUUCUCUCUCAUUAUUCACUGCAUAAAAUAAUCCGAAAAUUACAAAACAAAGGUCCUUAAGAUUUCAUAUAUUUCCAAGAAUACCAAUAAUUAACAAAUGGCCUCCAUUUUUUAAAAAAAGUAUUCGAAUCAGAUUUAAAUAUUCCUUCAUUUGACCGUUUUGCCCGUAAUUUUAAAGAAUGUGCCCAUUAUGUAAAAAAAAGCGAAGAAUAUUCCCACGGUAAAACUGCAUAAUAUAUCCCUACAUUAAAAAACUUCAAUCCAUCUUAUUUCUCAGCCAGUUUUUGUUCAAACAAUGGACAAUAUAUAGAAUAUGGAGACACCUAAGUAACCUUCUCAAUCCAAUCAAUAAGUAAAAUAGUCUCGUAUGGAUAUUUAUAUGACCUUAUAGGGGAAGAAGUUCACUAAUAUAUAGGCGAAGAACCUUCUGGAAUGCCUUUUAACGCCCCAGUUUUCGAUCAAAAAGGUCGUCCGCAUAAUCCUAUGAUAAACUCAGGAGCGAUAAUGGUCGCAGCGCUUCUUUUGGAACACGGGAAAACUUUGGAGGAUAUAUUAGAAUUCUAUUAGAGGGCUACUAGGAAGGAUUUGUGUAAAUAAAAAAUCUAAAUUGACCAUAAAUUAUAUUUAGAAGAAAAGCUUACAGGAUACACAAACCAUGCUUUGUCAUAUUUAAUGUUAGCAAAUGGAGUAUUUCCCAAAAAAGAUAAAAACAUUGAAUAAAUGAAAGAAUUUGCACAAUAAGCGCUUGAUUUAUAUUUCCAAAUGUGCUCAAUAAUUAUAAAUGUGGAAUCCUUAACUAGAUUUGGCACUAUGUGUUCAAAUAAUGGCAUAAACCCAUCCACUGGUGAAAGAAUACUAAAGCCAGAAAGUGUUAAAGCUAUCACAACAUUUAUGCUAACCUGUGGAAUGUACAAUGGAGCCGGAAAAUUCACUAAAAAUCUCGGAAUUCCUUGCAAAAGUGGCGUUUCGGGUGGUUUAUUAACUAUAAUACCCGGAUUAGGUUCCUUUGCUAGUUUUGGCCCGAAAUUAAACGAAGAAGGGAAUUCAAUAAGAGGUAUAGGACUGAUAAAAUAAAUAAGCAAUAUAUACAACAACUUUAAUUUAUUCCAUAAAGAUUUGAAUAAAAAAGAUUGCGAAAACAAAGCUUUCCAAACGAUAAUAAAAUAUAUUAUAGGAAGUAUUUCUUGCGCCUCAAUUGGAGACAUGGAGGGUAUUAUUAGACUUAAAAACUUCAAUAUACAAUUAAAUCAAGGUGACUAUGAUAAAAGGACACCUUUACAUCUCGCAGCUUCCGGAGGACACAUUGAAAUUGUGGGGAGCAACACCUUUAAAUGA